AUGGAGAGUCUGGGGCCCCUUCCUGCAGUGUCUGUGUCUGGGGUGGUUUCGAAGUUAAUAAAAAACAAAAUAAAAGCAUUUAAAGAAGCAAAAAGGGCAAAGAGAGCAGCGGGAGGCUCGCAGCAGCAGCAGCAGCUGCUGCAGCAGCAGCUGCAGCAGCAGCGGAAACUCUGGGUGCAGCUCUAUGAAGACCUUCAAGACGACGGCAUCAGAUGUGAUGUCUGCGCCAACUCAGACACAGCUGCAGACGACGCGAUAGUGUUGUGCGACGGCUGCGACGUGGCCGUGCACCAGAGCUGCUACAGCAUCAAACAAGUCCCCGAAGGGGAGUGGUUUUGUGAGUUUUGCAAAACUCAAAAAGCUGCCAAAGUUCACUGCAAACAACUCCAACUGCUGCUCCAAAAAACCCACAAAAGCCCCCAGCAAAAGCAAGGGAAGCUGCUGCAGUGCUGCAGCAAGCGGAAAGCAACAACAUUGAUGUCCCUUGUCUUCCGCGCGCCUGCGUGCUUUGCCCCCGCCGCAGCGGGGCUUUAA